AUGUUAAAGAACCUAAAAUCCAACAUAAACUUGUGUCCUAUGAGAAUAGCCAACUUAGAAAACUACAUGCCUAACGGCGAUUCAGAAUCUCUCCAAGAAGACCACGACCUUGAAACUCUCGAACGGGAAAGGGACACGAUAUCCGUUUUGGCGGGAAACGAUUUCGACUGCUCAAAUUGGGAUCAACAAGAUGAUUCCGCUUCGCAGUCACCAGUUUUGGCUAUUCAGCCACCAAAUCCAGCUAUUCAGCCACCAAACCCGGCUAUUCAGCUU